GGCAGUGCCUGCCUGGCCGCGCACAGUCGCAGUGUGCGGGCCAGCUGGGAGGCGGCGGAGGUCACCGAGGGGGGAGGCGGGGCAGCAUGGCAGCCUCCUUGCGGCUCCGGGGAGCCGCCUCCGGCCUCCGGUACUGGGCCCACCGGCAGCAGCCGGCAGCCGCCAGCCUUGCAGCGGUGUGUUCUAGGUCAAUGGCUUCUAAGACUCCAGUUGGAUUCAUCGGACUGGGCAACAUGGGGAAUCCAAUGGCAAAAAAUCUCAUGAAACAUGGCUAUCCACUCGUUGUUUAUGAUGUAUUCCCUGAGGCAUGCAAAGAAUUUCAAGAGGCAGGUGAACAGGUAGUGUCUUCCCCAGCAGAUGUAGCUGAAAAAGCUGACAGAAUUAUUACAAUGCUGCCCACAAGUAUUAAUACGGUAGAAGUUUAUUCUGGAGCACAUGGAAUUCUCAAAAGUGUGAAGAAAGGCUCAUUAUUAAUAGAUUCCAGUACUAUUGAUCCUGCAGUUUCAAAAGAACUGGCAAAAGAAGUUGAGAAAAUGGGAGCUGUUUUCAUGGAUGCCCCUGUUUCCGGAGGUGUAGGAGCUGCUCGGUCUGGGAAUCUCACAUUUAUGGUGGGAGGAGUCGAAGAGGAAUUUGCUGCUGCCCAACAAUUGCUAGGGUGCAUGGGCUCUAAUGUGGUGUAUUGUGGAGCUGUUGGGACUGGGCAGGCUGCAAAGAUCUGCAACAACAUGCUAUUAGCUAUUAGUAUGAUUGGAACUUCUGAAGCUAUGAAUCUUGGAAUCAGGUUAGGGCUUGACCCGAAACUACUGGCUAAAAUUCUCAAUAUGAGUUCUGGACGGUGUUGGUCAAGCGACACUUACAAUCCUGUACCUGGGGUGAUGGAUGGAGUUCCCUCAGCUAAUAACUAUCAAGGCGGAUUUGGAACAACCCUCAUGGCUAAGGACCUGGGAUUGGCACAAGACUCUGCAACCAGCACGAAGACCCCAAUCUUUCUGGGCAGCGUGGCCCAUCAGAUCUACAGGAUGAUGUGUGCAAAGGGCUACUCAAAGAAAGACUUCUCAGCGGUGUUCCAGUUUCUGAGAGAGGAGGAGAGCCUUUGAGUGAGCCCUAGGGCCUUGAACACUGAUGGGAACCAAAACUGUCUUGGAGCUUUCUUCUAGCCCAUUCCACAGCAAAUGGGUUUAAUCAAAGGUCAUCUGUCAGCUUCCGAUGGUCUACGUUACAGUAAUCGCUAUGAUUUUUAACUGCUUCUUCUUUUCAUCUGUUUAGCAAACAUAUUAUCAGAAUUUUUCCCCUCGGCAAGUCACUGAUAGUUUCUGCUACCUAGCUGAAUUGACCUUUUUAAAAAGUUUGAUCCCUGGACAUCUUCAAUUAAAUUGUUGGAUACUUCAA